GACACGCGCAAUGAUAGCCGGAAGCAUCGAUAGGGUGAGAAUAUAAUUCGGUGAAAUUCAGUGUAGUUCGUAAAUGCAAAGCUUUCACUGUCUGCCUUUUUCACGAAAGUUAGCUCGAUAAAAUACAGACCUCUCGACGUGGCGGUGGAGGAAAUGCUGUGGAGAAGGCAGUUCCUUUUUUCGACGAAGUUACUCGGUGGUGUUUGAGCUGACGUGGGGAGAAGUUCGAGAUGCCAGAAAAGAGCAGAUAAACAAACAGCCAGCGGAUUAAUCAACUGAGCGACUGUCCGAACGGGGGCUAACCAGGGGACACGGGGGAAAUGUCAACGAGACCAAUUCGUCGCUAGAGUUUUGGACCCAAGAAUGGCUCAAAUAAUUUUCUAACGUUGUUGUUUACCCUCAUGCCAAGUGCCAGCAGUGGCACAAGGAAGAAAAAUACCACGCGAGGAGAGAUUUUUUUUCCAAUGUGUUCCUGUCCAGCUUGUCAAGAUAUAACAGUUCUGUCAAUAUGAAACUUGACAUGAUUUGACUGUAUGCUUCACCAGUUACAAACGAAAUAGUUUGCUAUAUCCCAUUGAAAACAGUACAAGAUAGUACAAACACUGCGUGGAUAUAGUAAACCCACAAGGAGAAAAUACAUGAAUUCUGAAAUGUCCCCUGGUGUCAGAAGUGGGAUAGCCAUGGCCCACCAUUCGACGCCCAGUUCCCAGAAGGCCCUGAUGAUGGAGCUGAAGUCCCUGCAGGAGCAGCCAGUGGAGGGCUUCCGCAUCGGCCUGGUGGAGGAGUCGGACCUUUACAACUGGGAGGUGGCCAUCUUUGGACCCCCCAACACACUGUACGAGGGAGGCUACUUUAAGUCUCACAUCAAGUUCCCCAUCGACUACCCCUACUCCCCGCCGACCUUCCGUUUUCUCACCAAGAUGUGGCAUCCCAACAUCUACGAGAAUGGCGACGUGUGCAUCUCCAUCCUCCACCCUCCCGUUGAUGACCCCCAGAGCGGGGAGCUCCCCUCAGAGAGGUGGAACCCCACCCAGAACGUCAGGACCAUCUUGUUGAGUGUGAUCUCUCUGCUGAACGAGCCCAACACAUUCUCACCGGCCAACGUGGACGCCUCCGUUAUGUUCCGCAAGUGGAGGGACAGCAAGGGCAAGGACAAGGAAUACGCUGAAAUUAUCAGGAAGCAGGUGGUGUCCACGGUGGCAGAGGCGGAGCGCGACGGUGUCAAGGUUCCCACUACGCUGGCUGAGUACUGUGUCCAGACCCGGGUUCCCUCCCAAGACAGCAGCUCAGACCUGCUCUACGAUGACCUCUAUGAUGAUGAUAUGGAGGAGGAGGAAGAGGAGGAUGAAGAUGAGGAGGAGAGCGACAUGGAGGCAGGGGGGACUAGUGGAGGAGAAGAAGGGGUCACUACUGGCUGCUAUGACGACGACCAGGAGGAUUCUGGGAACGAGGACUCUUGAUGAUGACGAAUGCCCCAAAUCGACGCACCACUCCCUGCCACAUCCGAUCCUAGCUCCCUCCUGAUCCUGUUAAGCCUGGAUCAUCCCCUAAAACAAAUACAUGUGUCUGGUGCAUUGAUAGUAAAUUAAUAACUGGACAAAUUAGUGGAAUUCCAAUUACAGGCGUGGUCGACCACAAAAUAAAACUAAAAUAUCUCCGCGAAUAUAAUUUGUAUAGUUAAGAGCAGUCGGAAAUGUCUUAAUUUGUCCUUUGAUAUUUGACUUGACCGCAUGGUUUUGGUUUCCGUAUUCGAUGGUCACAUAGUCAAAGCCUGCCUCCCUGGUCUGAUGGAUUGAUAGAAAGCAGACAGUUGAUGAUGAACACAAACAAACAAACAGCCGAGCCCACAGGAGUUUGUUUUGUUGCGAGAUGUGCAGAUAAUAUCUGCUUUUUGGAGAGGAUCAAGUGUAGUAUCUGUUCAUAUCAGUUUAAUAUCCAAAUGGAAUUUAUGAACGGGGAGUCGGAAAAGGGGCUUGCUCCAUGUAACGACCCAGUAUUGCAGUGCAUCUGGGAACGGAGCACACAAAAAAAGAUGCAGCUGAAUGGAAUGUGUGCUACUGCGGUUGCUAUUGUUUCUGUUCAACUGUGCGUUUUAUCAUGUCACUAGACGCAUUUGCUUUAAGUACGUUCCGGGCUUAAGUCUUUAAUUUUCUAACCAAAUUCUCAGAACCCAGACACCUCUUGGCCCCUUCACACCCUGGUAGUCUUUCAUAUUCAAGUGUAAGCUGGUUGGCUUUCUUUCUGUGUGGAUGGCUGAAUUUUGGUAUUUUUGUUAGCCUGGCAGGCUGUCUUGCUCAGUCAAUGUGCCCCACUUUCCGUCUCUGGCUUGUCUCACCCUCGUUGCCAGCCAGCCUCAGUCGUUAUGUCCGUUUGACAAACACACAAAUCUACAGACAAACUGCCCUGACUGACCCCACACCUCCUUUCACCUCUGACCUCUCCAGAGCUGGGGUGUGUUCAUUAGGAACCAAAUGGCAGAAAACUGACAAACGGGGAAGGACUACCACCUGUUUUUGUUUUCUGUUGCAAAACAGUUUGCUACGGUGUUCCCUAAUGAGUACGACCCUGUAUAGGGCACUAGGAGGAAGUGCUGUCUCGAACAUAGAACCAAAGGAGUUCAUUCUCCUCUCCCGCCCGCCCUCCCUCUCCAUCCAUUCUUUCCCUGCCUCCAAACCUCAGGGCCUCCAUAGACUCUCACUGGGAGAAAACCGGGGAUGUAGUGGAGGACAAACGCACCUUAACACCGUCUACACACCUAUAUGUUGUGAAAAGUGUUCCUGCGCCUAUUACGCUAAAUUAGCGUAGUAAGCGUCCGCUUCAUUCAUUCAGCGUUUACCCACCUUAUUUCUUUACUACUACAUCCCUGGAGAGAGCUCACACACAAACUGCUCCUCAGCUUGAGCUUGGUAUUGUUUUAAUGUGUGUUUUUUGCGGGGGGGGGGGGGUGUUUUAGAGAGGAAACUUCAAAUCUCCAACAACACCAUUGGUCCCCAUGUCUCCUACCUUUUUCCCCUCCAACCUCUGUGAGUUAGUCAGAGGAGGCUGGUGGGAGGAGCUAUAGGAGGAUGGGCUCAUUGUAAUUGCUGCAAUGGGAUAAAUGGACCGGAGUCAAACAUGUGGUUUCCAUAUGUUUGAUGUGUUUGGAGAAGCUAUAGAGCCCGUACUCUAUAGCUUCUCCCACAAGCCUCCUCUGGAUUCAGUGUGUUCUCUUUUUUUUUUUUUUCAUCGCCACCCAUUUCUGUGUGUUGCCCUCUUCUAUUGGCCAUGCUUCACAAAACUACACCAGAAAAGGCUUCUCAUCAUACAUGCUUGAUAUGCUUUCUUGGAAUUGGCGCAAACUCCUGGAAUUCCAGUAAGCAAGCCAGGUUAGGUGGUCAAAAUGGAAAGUGAAGUUGAAUGAGUGGAAUUCUGUAUUUUAAUCAACUAUUUACACAUGCCAAGAGGCAUUAGCCAUUGUUUGUUAGUUAGCACAUAUAGCUAAAAGAGCACAUUUAGUUGUCCUCAACAUAUAUCAGCUAAGCUAUGACUUGAGCACAUGCCACAUUGGUGAUUCAGAGCUACAUGGGCACUAUUGCAUUUUGUGUGAAAAAGGAUGUUUCUUGAAACUCUGUUGCAAAUACUUUGGCUAAAGAACAGCAUAGGCCCUAAGUAGUAAUGCUGAAGUUGUGUAAGUGGGGCAAAGUUAGUCAGGCCAACCCAUCAACUGUGCUCAUUAGGCCUGCAGUUUUCACAUGGGUGUGUGUGUGUUUUACCAUUACCUGUUUAAUGGAACACAGGACCUGUUACACCUUUCACUCACAUGGAGGUGCUGGCCUGGAUUGUAUGCCAAGGAGAUUACGUUUCAUCACCACUUCCAGUGACGCUACAAUCAAUCAGUUAUAGAUAGGUGUGGAGUAUUCAUUUUCUGUUUGUAAGAGGGAGAGACUUGACUUCUGUCUGAGGAAGACUAACAUAAUCAAAAUGAGAACUUUUCUCCUACCUUGCUCUGUUGAACUGGGGCUGGCGUCAAGUCAAAAAUGAGUUGACCGAUGGAUCACAAAUGGAUUGUUCUUCUCAGCCACUGGAUGUUUAGGGAUGUGAUGUCAACGACCUGGGUGAGCCAUGUCUCAAUACUCUAAAACGACUUCCUCUCUUCACCCCCUUUUCUUCAUGAUCACUGAUCGGUGAAAGGAGUGGAUACAUUUCCACCAUAUUGCUUUUUCCCCCCAACCUGCCAUGCUAUUUCAGAUCUGUGGUAAUGAAGAGGGAAGGAAGCCAUUGAAGAGUCUUGAGAUGCAGCCGGGGGUACUGUCUCAUGCUCACUGACAUUUGCCUCCUGUAUUAACUAGUAGGAGACUGUUGGAACAGUGUUUACCUGGUCGAAAUGACACUCGACUAGAAGGACCACAUGCUAAGCUGUCAGACUCAGUGUUGCAAAGGUGGAGAGCAGUGGACAAUUUUUCUCAUGUAUUGUGUGGGUGAGUGUGUAUUUUAAAGAUGUUUUUUUUUAAAGGAGAUUUUCCCUCAGGCUGAAAAUGGUCUCGUUUGGACAAAAAACGACUGUGCCCACAGCCAGUGAUGUGGACAAUGCUGUCCUCCUUUUUUCAUAAUUUUCUCUACCUUUUGUGUUCUGAGGAUGCAAAUGUCACCUAUAAAAUGUAUAUUAUAAAAUGUUGAAUGGACAGGAUUGUCUGAAAUGUCUUCAAAUGUUCAUUUAUUAUCUGUUGUGAAUGAUGCCAUUUGUUUCUUAGAAAGCAUUAGCUGCUGUACUUUGACAUGGGAAAACUGGGAAUGAUAAAUUGUUUUUCAAAGCAGGUAGUAACUGUUGGGCCCUGUUUGAGUAGUUUUCAAAUGCGUCUUUCCUUGAACCAUAACUGAAUCAUCACAAUUGUGUAGGUGAAAACUGGGGUUACCCUACAUACUAAAACACUGAUCUGACAUGAGAUUGUAUCAUCUUGAAAGUAUCCAAACACUGCCCCAGUUUCUCAUUGAAUUUACCACACAACUGUGCAACACAAUCCUCCCGCCCUUUUUAAUAAAAGUCCUAAUUAAAAUGGUAUGAACCAUUGGGCUAUGCAAUUAUGGAAAGGAAGCUCGAAGAGGGAAAGUGUCAGUGUAGCAAAAUUAAAUACGUUUAAACUCCAACUUUUUGUCCAACUUUCAAAGGACACACAGUUUAACUGAAAAUUAAUUUAAGGUGAAAUCAACCAUGUCCUUUUGCAUUCUCGAGAACAUGUUGAUGAAGCCAUUGGAACUGUUAGGUCUGAGGACUUGAAUUGGCUCACUGCUCUUGACUAUUCUCAAAUACGUUUACCACAGGAGUGCACAUGUCCCCAAUGGAUGUAAAGACCUGCUCAUUUUAAUUUAAAUAUGAAUCAAGAUUCAUUAUCGUCAACGUCAAAAGUACCUUCAUCUGAUUUCUCAAGCAUGAAAUGAGCCACCGGCUGAAUGAUGCCCUGGCUGGCCUGAGACUUAACUGGUGCACCUCCUGUGAAAUACAACUUUUUGUCUCCACCUAGUGUUGAUAUUUGUUGCUGGAGCACAUCUUGCUGUCAGUGGAGUUGGUAACUACUGCUGACAUUGAGAUCAUAAACCUAAAUCACCAUUUUACUGUGUAUUUUCCAUAAAUAUCUCAGGAGUAAAGCUGGAAGAUUGGAGUCACACAAGUUAUGUAAUAAAGGUCAAUUUUUGAA